UUUUUCUUCUUUCGUUAUAGUUCAGAGCUGCAUUGCAAAUGGUUGUUAGUCCUGGAGAUCCUAGAGACAACUUGGAAAACUUCAUCAAAAUUGGUGAAGGCUCCACUGGCAUUGUAUGCAUUGCAUCUGAAAUAUCUACAGGGCGUCAGGUUGCCGUGAAAAAGAUGGACCUCCACAAGCAGCAAAGAAGAGAAUUACUAUUUAAUGAGGUUGUCAUCAUGCGUGAUUAUCACCAUCCAAAUAUUGUUGAAAUGUUUGACAGCUUCUUAGUGGGAGAUGAAUUAUGGGUAGUCAUGGAAUUUCUGGAGGGUGGAGCUCUGACCGACAUAGUGACCCACUCCAGAAUGGACGAGGAGCAGAUUGCAACUGUUUGCAAGCAGUGUCUCAAGGCUCUUGCUUUUCUUCAUUCUCAAGGUGUUAUUCACAGGGAUAUUAAGAGUGACUCCAUUUUACUGGCUAGUGAUGGACGGGUAAAUGAAUUUAUUGCACAAAUAUCAACAUUUUUCAAUUAUUCUUUUCAAUUUUAUAUUAUAUUACAAUAUUAAUAACUUUGAUGCAGA